ACCUAAAACUGGGGGCAUUUUCUUUUCUGCUGGUAAAACCUCCCCCCAGUUUCUUUGUAUACAUAUAUAUAAACUCAAUAUUCUCCCCAUUAUUUUUCAUCAUCAUUCAAAUCCAUUGAGCACAAACAGUGAAUAAUUUUAACCGUACGAAAGAAGAAGUUGAAAAUGAGUUCCACAAGCAGGGCUUGGUUAGUGGGAGCAAGCAUUGGAGCUGUUGAGGUUCUGAAAGAUCAGGGAUUCUGUAGAUGGAAUUAUGCAAUGAGGAUACUUCAACAACAUGCCAAGAACAACCUCAGAUCAUACACUCAAGUUAAGAAACUUUCUGGAGCACCCUCUUCAACAAUUAUAUGUAAAAAGAUGAAGGAAGAUCACAGGUUGAAGAAAUCUGAGGAUUCAUUGAGAACGGUUAUGUAUUUGAGCUGUUGGGGACCUAAUUGAAUUGAAUCUCCAAACCCGUAUUUGAGCUGUUGGGUUUCAGUUUCCUCUUC